AAUGGUCUUCGGAGGCGGGACAACACGGCAGGAACUGACUGUACAUUAGUUAGCUCAUGAGGAGUAAAAAAAACUGUAACGUUGUAUCAGUUUAUUAACAAAGUAAAAGGCGGUUUGCCUUCAGCGGAAGGUGUGUUAAUCGACCUCUCAAAACCUCCUUUUAUGUUUGCUCGUCUUUAGUGUCCAGCAACCAGAAUGCAGAAGGUGUGUAGCCAAUGUUAGCUCAAGUAUGCUAACGAUUACUACUUGCUAACUUAGCUAACAAGUAAACAUGCUACAGCAAUUAGCCUCACACUCUCGGACACACGGCCGCGAAUGAAAGACAACGUGGUGUGAGGAUUCGUAUUGUGGUGCUCAAACAAGCGGGGGAUGAAGAAGUGGAACUGGCGAGAAGGGCAGCGACCGUACCGGCGACAAGGUGCUGGUCAACGCCACGGCUGGUACAGAGGCAACCGGCAAAGAUCAACACAGGACGAGCGACAUAUGGACACACAUUCGAGGUCUGGACAUAAUGAUGCAGGGCCAUCAUUAAGAACAUCUCAGAGGGGAUAUGAAAACCAGUCCUCCUCUUCCACGUCCUCCCCUUCCACGUCCUCCUCGACUUCCUCUUCCUCCUCCUCCAAGGCCAGUAGUGCUGCACCAGAGCUGCCUGGUUUCUAUUUUGACCCCGAGAAAAAUCGUUACUUCCGCCUGUUGCCGGGACACAACAACUGUAACCCACUGACCAGAGAGCAGCUGCAGGAGAAGGAAAGAGAGAAACAGAGAAACAAGAUGCUCGCGGAGGAUGAAAAGCCCAGAAAAAAAGCACCAAGAACGGGACUGAACACUUCACUGCUGCUGCAGAAAAGACACCUUGGCCUGUUACCAGAGAACUCCUAUUGCAGGCUGGUUCAUGAGGUUAAGGUCAGUGGAAUGAGACGCCACAAACUAGAGAUCCAGAGCACGGACAACAGCAACCCCAACACCGACAACUUCAGACUCAUAGUGGGGGACUCGGCUUGUGAGCGAGUGUUUACUGUCAAUGAUGUGUCGCACGGAGGCUGCAAGUACGGCAUCAUGAACUUCAGCAGCAGCAGCAGGGGAUCUCUGUCCGUGGAAAUGUGUGACAACCUCUACUUCACCAACCGCAAGGUAAAUUCCAUAUGCUGGGCCUCAGUCAACUACCCAGACUCCCACGUCUUGCUGUGUCUGGUAGGAGUGGCGGACACCCCUGGCUGUGUCAGUUUACUUCCUGCUUCCCUCUUCAGCAACUCCAACCCAGACCAGCCCGGGAUGCUGUGUAGCUUUAAGAUAUCCUCAGCCUGGUCUUGUGCUUGGUGUCUCAACCCCCAGUUUGACAAGACGUUCAGCACAGGCCUGUCUCGUAGGGUGAUAGUGAAAGAUGCAGAGACGGGCCGAACGCAGACAUACAGCACUGGCAGUGAUGUCUUGGCUCAGCAGUUUGCCCUUAGGGUCCCGGUGCUGUUCAAUGGAUGUCGUUCAGGGGAGAUCUUCAGCAUUGACCUGCGGCAGCGCGGCCGCCGGGAUCAAAGCUGGAAGGCCAGCCGCUUCCAUCAAGAGUCAGCCAUCACCUCCGUACGCGUCCUGCAGGAUGAGAACUACCUGCUUGCUGCUGACAUGCUGGGCCAGAUUAAGUUGUGGGAUGUUCGGGUGACAAAGCCAGUACAGGAGUACAAAGGGCACUAUAAUGAACAUGCCUACCUUCCCAUCCACGUCAAUGAGCCUGAGGGGCUUUUGUUGGCAGUUGGUCAGGAUUGCUACACAAGAUUAUGGAGCCUAAAAGAUGGCCACCUACUGAGGACUAUUCCAUCACCGCACCCGACCGCAAACGACCUGAUCCCGAGCGUCGUUUUCUCCUCCAAGUUGGGCGGCUGCAGGGGGCUCCCCGGCCUGCUCAUGGCCGUCAAACACGACCUUUACUACUUCCCAUACAACACCGACUACCAGGAAGGAGGAAAGCAGCAGGCUGGCUUUUAGAGAAAGACUGAAAAUGCUUCAUCUCACAAAUUUCUGAAAACAAGGACACCGCAUUUGUUUUGUCAAAUGUAUGAAUGGGGGUUAUAAUCAUAUACAAAAUCUAUUGGUAUUUUAUAAUUGAAAGGGAUUGGCCAGUAUGUAGUUCAUUUCCACAAAGUUGUACCGAACCUUUGAUUGGGAAGAUGAGCUCAGAAGAGUUGCAUUGAAGUCUCAGGGGAAUGUUAUUUUUGACUGUUUGUGCCAAAAGGAAAUAGAAGUGCUAAAUACAGUACACAGUGCACACAAUUACUACAGAAUAAAUAGUGCUUUCUGUAACCUUUACAAAAAGUGCACUUAUGGCAUGAUUGAUGACUUUAAUUUCUAAUGUAAUUUAGGAUGCCUCUGAUCUGAAUUCGAAAGGGACUUUAUACUGUAUACUGUAAAUCAACACAUUUUCUAAUUGUCAUUGAAUGACAAAAUGGUGAUCUGUUGCAAUGUAUUUGCUCCUAAAUAACACACACACACAAAGACUACGUUUCUGCAGUUUAAUACAUACUGUAUGAGCAUACAUGAACAUAAAGGUAUUGAUUUGU